AUGGACGACAAUGACGAUAAGCUAGAUACAUUCCGACCUAAACCAACACCCUAUGAUAUAGACAACCAAAGCAAUACAUCCAACGAUUUUCCCCUUGGGUGUAAAGUAAUCAAGAACAAUCAUAUCGGAAUUAGACGAACAUUAAAAGAACGUGGAACACCGGCAGCACUUCUUUUUAUUACAGGAGGAUCAGACAAAUAUAUGCCAAAUGAAACGAUUAAAAAUCAACUGAAAAGUGGUUUGUUUGAAAUUAUAAAAACAACAAGCAUUUGGAUAAUAACUGAAGGCAAAGAUACAGCUGUUGGAAAUAUUGUUGAAGAAGCGAUUUUAGAAAAUAGAGGAACAUACGAAAUCCGUGUUUUUCACAAGGAUAAAAACUAUAGGCGACCAAAAGACACACUCCAAGAACAACACCAACAUGAUCUUGAAAAUUGCAAAGAAAGUCGCCCGACAAUUCCAUUAAUAGUGAUUGUUGUUGGAGGUGAUGCAAAAUCUUUAUCUCUUGCAAUGAGUUUCUUAAAGAAGAAUGAUCCUGUUUUGGCAAUAGAUGGGUCUGGAUAUGCAGCGGACUUCAUCUGUCAAGGAUAUGCAAUGAGUAUACAUAAAAUACGAGACGAUGACAAAUUUCUAUCCGAACUUACAUACACUGCGAAAAAAAUAUGGGGUUAUGAGGAAGGACAAGUAACGAAAAAGACGAAUUGGAAGAAACUAGCUAAUGAACUGAAGUUUGGACUACAGUACAAUCGGGAAUUUGUAACACUCGAUAAAAACAGAGGAGAAGGAAGCCAUUUACCUACCCUCUUCAAUAAUGCAUUGAUGUACAAUAGAGUAGAGACUGUUAAGCUAGUGCUUGAGUAUAUACAGGAUAAAGAAUUGUAUAAAAAGUAUUUAGACAAAUAUCUCCAGAAACUUUAUACGCAACAAGAAUUGAAAGGGAAGACCAUUGUUUCAAAAAUAAAUACAGCUGUCAUAAAGAUACUUGGGAGCAAAGACUUCAAGCCGUUUCAUAAUGACAAUGGAAAAGAAGGGAUACGGGUUAAAGAUGUGUUUAAGCAUUUCUUUAUAUGGGCAGUACUAAUGGAUCGUAGAGAGCUUGCAAUGUUGUUUUGGAGGAAAUUAGACAACGAUUACAUAUAUUCUGCUUUAUACGCAAGUUCUAUUGCUAAAACUCUUGCCGAAAAUGGUAGGUCGGAGAUGUACGUUGAUCAAAUGACAGCUUUAUGGGACAGCUCUAGACAUUAUGAGAACCUUGCAUAUAGUGUGAUGACAGAAUUUUAUUACAUGGAAAAAAGUCAGGCUCGGCAAUUGUUGGAUACACAAAUGAAAGGAUAUAAUUCUUCUACGAUUUUUCAAAUUACUGAAAAGUUCACCCUGAUGAAGUUCAUGGGGCAUGCUGUAUGCCAAACAGAGCUAAACAGAAUUUGGAAGGGACAUAUAUUAGGUCGCACUUCAAUUCUUAAGUUAUCUUAUAUGACAUUCUUGGUGGUAUUCUGCUGGUUCAUACUGACGGAUUUAUAUCCAAUAGCCGAGAAAACUCCAUCUGUUCAGGAAUACAUAGUUUAUGCAUGGGCAGCAUCAGCAAUGACAGAAGAGAUAAGACAGGCUAUUGUGUUCAAUCAAGUUUCAUUGAAUUUAAUGACAUGGUUCAGUUUUUGGACACUUUAUGAAUUUGUGAUGUACAGUAUGUUUAUUACUUCUGUAAUUCUUCGAUUGACCUUGUCUGUUGAUGACUUCUACUAUGCACGAAUGAUGUUGGCUAUAACAUUAGGAUUGUUCAUCAUAAACAGUAUGCAGUUUUUUCUUGUGUCUAAACACAUUGGACCAAAGGUUAUCAUGAUUGGGAGAAUGAUGUUCGACAUCAUUUUCUUCAUUUUGAUCUUUGCUGUAUUUUUAUUUGGCUUUGGUGUCAUUUAUCAAGCAACUAUGUACCCAAAUUCCACACCAGGAUUCCAACUGUUCAAAGAAAUCAUAUACAUGCCAUAUUGGCAGUUGUAUGGAGAAUUGUUCCUAGAGCAAUAUGAAGGUACUGUUAACUAG